UCGUCAUAGGAGAUGUAAUAAAAGUAUCUCAACCAACUAUCUCCAGAAUUAUUUUUCGAGUGUCAACUCUGUUAGCCAGUUAUAUUAAUGUAUACAUAAAGAUGCCAGUAUCAGCUGCAAAAAUGAUUGAAAAUAAACGUUUAUUUGAAGAGCUUGGUCAUGUUGGUGGAGCUAUAGGUUUACCUUCCAUUGAUGGAGCAAUCGAUUGCACGCAUAUUCGAUUGAUACAUACUAGAUUUCAAGCCAUUGAUGAAAUCUUUAGAAAUUGAAAAGGAUAUUUUUCGUUAAAUGUUCAAGCUGUUGUUGGGCCACGUACUGAGUUUUUAGAUAUAGUUCCAGAAUGGCCAGGAAGUGAGCAUGAUAGUCGUAUAUUUCAGAAUUCACGUAUAUACAUGCGAUACAGACAACGUGAAUUAGAUGGGAUACUAGUCGGAGAUAGUGGUUACCCUUCUUUACCGUUUCUAUUAACACCAAUUAAUAAUCCCACCAGUGAUAAAGAAGAAAGAUAUAAUAUGAUCCAUGGAAAAACACGAAGAAUCGUCGAAAGGACUUUUGGAAUUUGGAAACGUAGAUUCCCUUGUUUAUCAAGAGGUCUUCAAACAAGAUUAAUAACAUCUACGACAAUUAUUAUAGCAUGCGCUGUUCUUCACAAUGACUCGCUAAUAUAUAAUGAUAUUAUGGAAGAAGAAGAAGAAGAAAUAGAAAAUAUAAAUCAAAAUAACGAAGUUCCGCCACUUCCACCUCACUGGCAACCAGGAGACGGCUUCCUUGUGCGAAAUGCUAUUAUCGAACGAUUGUUCAGAUAAAAAG